GUGUGCCGCUAUGAAUUUCAUUUUCACCCUCCCCCCCUCAACAAGACAAAGUUUCUUCUCUCCUUUCCAGUAGGCAGACAACCAAGAGGAAUCGGUGGGGAACUGCUUGAGGGAAUUGGUGAAAUUGGAAAGGAAACCCGUGUACCCACACAUUGCAUGUCAAGAGUUUUGUUUCAAAUUGUGUGUGGAAUAUCAAUGUCUGUUUUGGGUUCAAUCUGUGAAUGGGUUUUAUCACUAUCCGAUUCUGGUCUGUUCUUUUGACUGAAAGAAUGUUGUUUCUUCAGUCCAUUUUGUUCUGCCACUGAACCCAUUGCUGCCCUCGAAUUGUGACUGAAAGCAGGACUAGAAGACUAUACAGUUGAUUUAGUUUGGGCUAAGGGUGUAAAGGGGUGCUUUUGGAAAGUGGCUAGCUUAACUAGAAAAUGUGAGUUUUCUAGCCAAAUUUUAGCUAAAAAAUAGCUAGUUCAUUGUGAAUGCUCUAUAUGAAAAAGCGUUCUCAAGAGCGCUUGCUGCUGCCGAAGAAACAUUCCAACAGAUAAUCAGACGGAGCUCUUUCCCAGCUCCAGGAGGAACCGAAAAGAUGCUGAGCCCGCUCUUCAAGAAGCCUACUGGGAAGGGCACUGCUCUUGCUCUUCUUCAAUUCAAUCAACAGAGACAGCUGCACAGUAGGAACAAGAAGGCAAUGGAGUUCAUAGCCAAAGGGUGGAGUGCUCUCAAGGAAGUUGAUAGAGUCAUUGAUUACUGCGAGCGCAAUGAUCGUCGUCUCAUCCCUCUCCUUAGGACGGCAAAGGAGAACUUUGAGUUGGCUCUAGAGGCUGAUAACUUAAACACCCAUGCGAGGUAUUGGCUGUCCAAAUUGCAUUUGAAAUACCAUGUCCCAGGGCAAUGUAAAGCUAUAGGGGCCGCAUUGUUAGUUGAAGCUGCAGAUAUGGGUAAUCCAGAUGCUCAGUACGAAUUGGGUUGUCGUUUGAGAGUAGAGAAUGAUUAUGUCCAAUCGGAUCAGCAAGCCUUCUAUUAUUUGGAAAAGGCUGUUGACCAGUUGCAUCCAGGUGCUCUUUAUCUUCUUGGUACGGUAUAUUUAACUGGGGACUGCGUGAAAAAAGAUAUUGCCUCAGCACUAUGGUGUUUCCACAGGGCAUCCGAGAAGGGACAUGCUGGUGCUGCUAUAGCAUAUGGAGCCCUUUUGCUUAGAGGUGUUCAAGUCCCCGAAUCUCUUGCGAAACUCAGUUCGAAGAGGGCCUCCUCCUCUACCAGAGCAAGGAAGAAUGCAGAAAGCCCUGUGAUGGAUCCAGUAGAGAUGGCUAAAGAACAGUUCCAGAUAGCAGCAAAAGCGGGAUGUGAUCUUGGCCUGAAAUGGUUGAAUAGACUUGAGGAGGAAGAGAAACGUAUACUUGCUGGAUGACAUACUGAGCUGUACAUGACUCAGAUAAUCCUGUUAUCAUUUAGGCUAGAGUAACAAGCUGUCAUGGAUAUUUUGAUAGGGAAGCAUUGCUUUCGUGUAAAAGUUUAAUCUUUUGUAUAAUCUUGAAAUAAGAGAUAUGGUUUGGAAAUGACUCCAUUUUGUGCCUAGGGGAACUCAACUGUCUUGUUGAACACUGGAUUUGAUGUUGUACUAAUUGGUGAUACAUAGAGGCAUUUUUGUCAACGAAGAAGAUGAAUAGCUUUUGUUGCUA